GAUACAAUAUGUAAACAUCAGCCUCAAACCUGUCAGACGAGAUUCCAAUGCAUUUUAUACAUAAUGAAAUUUUGAACAGACUUAUUUUUUAUGAUUUUGCUAUUUAAUACAAACGGGGGCACUCGACUUCGUGAUUUAUCGGGAUGUGACGAUGCUGUCAAGAAGCGACAGUACUUCUGUGCAAGUGUCAGAAUGCUAGCGGCUAGUUAGCGCGCUGCUGGAUCACAUUCAUGCGCUUAUAGUUGUCUUACAUUUCAACGGAUUCGUCCAUUCUUUGUUACCGGCAGUCCAGACUCCUCUUCCUGCUGUGAAGGAUGGGUGUGAAAACCUUCACUCACAACUCCCCCAACCACAGCCAAGAGCUUUUAGAUAAGCUCAACACCCUACGCAGUGAGGGCCACUUUUGUGACGUCACCAUCCGCGUACAAGGCCAGAUGUUCUCGGCCCACAAGGUAGUGCUAGCCUGCUGUAGUGACUUCCUUCGAGCGAAGCUUUCUGGGAAGCCGGCUGAAGAAGACACUGUAAUAGUAGGUGAAGAUAACAAACAUGUGCUGGAUCUCCAACACGUGACGGUCGCAGGUUUCGCUCCUCUUCUGGAAUAUGCGUACACGUCCACCCUGUCCAUUAGUACGGAGAAUAUCAUCGACGUACUGGCAGCUGCUAGCUACAUGCAGAUGUUUGCGGUGGCCAACACUUGCUCUGAGUUCAUGAAGUCCAGUAUCCUGUGGAACUCUGCAUCCUCAGCAGCAGGAGGUCCUGGUAGCACCCAGCCUCCAGUUUUACACAGACCCCAAGAGACCCCUGAAGGCCAUGCGAGCUGCACCCUCGCCCCUGUAGAUGCCCUCUCGCCGUCUCCGGUCUCAUCCGAAUGCAGCGUACCGGAGCGGCCCAUUCCUGUGUGCCGCGAGUCUAGACGCAAGCGCAAAGGCUUUGCGAGCCCGCAACCAGCAUCCUCAACCUCUCCGCAAGUCCCCAACCCCUCUCCCUCCUCUUCCUCCUUCCCAGAGAGUUCAGCGCAGGCUCUGGAACCAUCUCUGGCCUUCUCCUGGACAUACCCCUUUGGUGUGGACCGCCGGUUUGCGGCAGAAAAGUCAAAACUUCCUGAAGGCCUCCUGGAACCAUCUGGAGCACCGGGGCAGGACUCUAGUGGACGGGCAUUGGUGGAGUAUUUGGCCUGCGAGGGCCCACAUGGCCUGGGCGUAGGGGGCGCAGCAGGGGUGGAGGAGGAGGAAGAAGAAGAUGUGCAGGUGAAGGUGGAAAGGCUGAGUGAUGAAGAAGUGCAUGAAGAAGCUUCUCAACCAGUCAGUGCUCCACACAGUUCUCUGAGUGACCAGCAGACGGUUCCUGGCAAUGAACACACCCAAGAAGAUCUACUCAUCAGCCCUCAGUCCUCAUCCAUUGGCUCCCUGGAUGAGGGGGUGACGGAGGGUCUCCAAUCCAUGCAGGGCACUCCAAACACUACUGGUCACAUGGAGGAGGAUGAGAGGCUGGAGAAUGUCCAGUACCCAUACCACCUGUACAUUAGCCCUUCCAUUCGCCCAGGACUCAACAGUCCUGAACGGCCCUUCCAGUGCCCUACAUGUGGCGUCCGCUUCACUCGAAUACAGAAUCUCAAGCAGCACAUGCUCAUCCACUCUGGUAUUAAGCCAUUCCAGUGUGACCGCUGCGGGAAAAAGUUUACGCGGGCUUACUCUCUGAAGAUGCACCGGCUGAAGCACGAAGGUAAACGCUGUUUCCGGUGCCAGAUCUGUAGCGCCACUUUCACUUCCUUCGGUGAAUAUAAGCAUCACAUGAGGGUGUCUCGCCACAUCAUCCGCAAGCCUCGGAUUUACGAGUGCAAAACGUGCGGCGCCAUGUUUACCAACUCCGGCAAUUUAAUCGUACACCUGAGGAGUCUCAACCAUGAGGCGUCAGAACUAGCAAACUACUUCCAGACCAGUGAGUUCCUCCUCCCAGACUACCUGAAUCACAUGCAAGAGGAAGAGGGGCUGGGACACUUUGAGAUGAGUGAGCAGACCUUUGAAGCUUCUUCCUCCUCUUCCUCGGUCCAAACACCAGUUAUCUCUCAAGUUUCCUCUACCAUGAACUAUGACAACCACACUUCUGCACCUCCUUCCCAAACUCCAAACCCCAGGUCAAGGAACCGAGGGGAGGCCGCACAAGGGGACCACCUGAAGUCCACCGCUGCUGUUACCUCUCUGCAAGACCCAGAGGAAGACGAGGGAGAGAAGGAGAGAGGUGGAAGAAAGAAGAAGAGACUAGUGUCAAUUACAAUUGAGUGAAAACGUUCCAUAAGUGUAAACAUGUAUAAUAACAGUCAGUGUCCUGUUGCACAUUCAAUACUUCUGUUGUCGACGGUUUAUUAUACUCUCAGAAAAAAAGGUACCAAAGCUGCCAUUGGGGUGGUACCAUUGAAAAAGGUACACCUUUGUACCUUAUUUAUCCGUAAAGAGCACAUAUUAGUAUCUUUAAAGUAUUAGUACCUACAAUGUAUAUAUUAGUACCUAAAUGGUACAUUUUAGUACCUUCUGAAAGGGUACCACCGCAGUGACAACUUUUGUUCUUUUGUUCUGAGAGUGUAUGUUUUAACAGCUUAUAAACUUGGUGUAAUGCCUUUUAAUUUGUGUAGGUUACUUUAAAUGAUUGUAAAAUCACAUUUGAUUUGGAUUUACAUAUAAAUCUAUCUGAAAGAGUGAUCAUGGUUCUAAAUUUAAAAAAAGAAAAAGAAAACAUGAAAUAAAAAGUGACUUUUUAUUAGUAACCCAUUAAUAUCUGUGACUAUAAUGAAUUUGUUCCAUGGAAGCACAUUUCUUUAAAUUUAAUUAUAUUUUUAUUCAUAAUUAAUAAUAUACCAUUUUUUAACCGCUUUGCGGCGGUCUGUCAAAAAGAAUCAAAUUGUAUACCUUUUUUUUGCAUUAUGUUCAGCUAUGACUGAUUUUUCUUUUUAUUAUGCGACUUCCUUUUCUCCCAUUUCAUGUCUGCACCCUAACUAUCGCAAACUGCCCCUUCCGACUAUAAACAAACCUGUUACAAACUGGGAAGCUUCAAUCCUCUGAGGACCGUUCCAAAAAAAUGUGAAAGACUGGGAAACAAAACAACCAUGAAACCCUGAUAAUGGGUGGUUGUGCAUUGACUGACUAAUCUAAUGUGCUUUAGUGUGUUGUUUUGAAUGCGUGUAUAUGUGAAGAGUAGCCCUGUUUUCCUAGCCCUCUUUUCUGCUGUAUGUGUAAUGCUGCUAAAUUUUGUAAACUGUGCCUCUUGCCCAGCUCUCCGAACCAAUUCGAUCUAAAGAGCUGUAUGUGAAUUCUUUGGGUUUAACAUUCUUCUUUUGAUUGUGACAUAUGGAAGAAUUGUCAAAUGGGUCAAGUUUUAAUAGUGGAAGGAAGGUGAUAUUUCCAUAGCCUUUCCCAUUUUAUUGCUGUUGGAAUUAUACUAUGGAAUUUUCUCCCAAAGCUUGAUGCCAUAGUUGUAUGUGCCUAAUAUUCUCCCAAACAAAGUUUAUGAACACCUUGUGACUAUGGCAUGAGCCUUGAUCGAAGAUGUAACUUGAUUGCGACUUUGGAAUAUGUAGCAUUUGUUUUGUUCGGUAGUCGUAACGAUCGCGUAUCUUCGCUUCCUUCGUGUGAUAUUGCACCUGGCAAUCAGUCAGUCUCGAAGCUGCUCCAUUCCAAUAUGAUUCUGUAGGGAACAAAAAGUUUUAAUAAGCGUUGUGCAAUAUUGUUUCGGAUGAUUCACGUGGUCCAAAAUUAAAACCUUUUAUACUGCAGUGGACAAUGAGCUGAAUGACUGAAGAUAAUGAAAUACAGGAAGGGGGCUAGUCGAGGGAAAAGGCUAAAGCAUGUGCCCUGCGAUAAACCAUUCAUAUGAAUUGUUAGUGUACAAACAGUGAAAGAAAUCACAUUGUGUUACAAAAACUAGGUCGCAAUAUCUUUCUCUGAUGUCAUUUCCCUUGAGACGGUCUCCCGCUUAUCUCACUCUCUCCAUUUUUGCGACCGCCAGCUGUAGCUCAAACUCAAUUACUUCAUAGUCUGAGAGUUUGUAGUGACGCAUUUAUCCAUAAGACAAUAUUGGCUGUCUGUCCCAGAUUGCUCUUUGUGCUACUUGCAUGUUAUCCGUGCAAAAAGAAAUAUGGG